AUGGCGGCAGCAGAAGUUGGGUACCGUUGGCCGGCUCUCGCGCAGCAGGCGUUCAUGGCGGGCACCUGCAGGGCGGGACUGAGCAUUAGCGAGUGGUGCUCGACGGCGGCGGCCGACAAGUGUUGCGGCGUCAUCUGCCCCAACGCUCCGAUCACGGGUCCCGCCACCGUCAUCGUCUUUACAGCAGGAACGUUCUUCAACCUGUUGCUCUGCCUCAUCUGGAAGAGCGAGGCGCCGUACAACCUCAUGGUCCAGCUUCUCGCGACCGACGGCGCCCUCUUUGGCCUGCUCGUGCGCACCUCGACCGAGCAGUUCCGUCUCUCGUACAUCCACGCCUGGCUCCCGCCUCUCGCCAUCAUGAGCGUUGUGCCCGUCGCCAUCGCCGCCGCGACCGUCGAGCUCGAGUACAUCCACGGCAUGGGCUUCGACGCCGUGGCCGCUACCACCGCCGCGCAGUGGCACAACGCCGACAUCGCCAGGAGCCUAUCGCCUCCCGAGUACGAGGAGACGAGCCCUACCCGCCCGUCCUUGAUCCGCAACCCGACCCACGCCAACUUCAAGAAGGACGUCACAGAGCGCAAAAAGUCGACCGACGCCGAGCGCCGUGCUCGCGACCAGGAGCUCCUCAACAAGCCGAUGCUGCCUCUCGUCGCCUGCGGUCUAUUCCUCUUUCACGUCGUCGCGUGGAUCGUCAUCUUCGUCUACGUCUUUGUCGGGUUCGACAAGCCCUCGCAGGACAACUGCACCGACGAGCUCCCGCUGCGGCAGUACAAGAUCGUCCUCGCGUCGGCGACGUCGGCCUUCCUCUUCUUCGCCAUCAUCUUCUGGUGCGCGUUCGCCGGCGGGCUCACUCGCCACAUGCGCAGGCGCAACUCGUACCGCAAGGACACCCUUCUGUACUUGGCCUCGCUCACGCACUGGCGCGCUUUCAUCGGCGCCGUCGACCCGGACCGCCAAGGGUGGGGCAAGCCUCGCGAGGUCGUCCGGUGGGGCAUCUGCUUGGUCAUGUUCUUCGUCUGGGUCGCCGUCUACGUCUCGGUGUACAUCACUAUGCUCCAGAAGUUCCUUCUCCUCGGCGACAACCCGUUCGACUGGGGCCAGGUCAACGCCCUCGCCAACGUCUUUGUCCCGCUCCUUGUCGACGCUCGCGCCGCGUUCGACAACCUCGAUGGCUGGGCGCGCGCCGACCAGACGACCGCCGAGGCGAUCAAGAACGCCCACACGCUGUGGAAGUACGAGCAGGAGCAGGAGCGCGAGCGCCGCAAGAAGAUCAAGGCGUCGGCUCCUCGCCACGGCCCAGUCGAGACGGGCAGCUUCGACAUCGACUUUUCCAAGGUCGGCUCGUCGUCGCGCCGCAGCAGCCUCAACCUCGUCAAGCGUCGCUCUCGCCUUGCCGCCGGCUACGAGGAGGACGACGACCACCACCGUCGCCACUCGCCGUCCGCCUCUCACCGGCGUACGUCGGCCGUGCAGCACGAUGACGGCCUCGAGGAGGACCUCGUCAGCCCGUUCUCGCGCACGAGGCGCACGACGGCCGCCCCAUCGUCUCGCCGGCGCUCGUCGCACGAGCCCCUCGACGGCGACUCGCCCCCUCCUCCCUCCUCUCGCCGCCGUCACGAGCCGACUUCCCCCUCCUCUCCUGACGACAAGCCUGCUCACGGGCUCUACCGCUCUCACCACGACCCGGACCUCACCGCCCUCCCGCCCCUCCUCGCGAGCGACCUCUCGCCGCCGAGCCCCGAGGUGGCGCGGCGCAAGGUCGCCUGGGCCCCGUCGCCGUCGCCGCACGCCUUCGACACCGCCUGCUCUGGCGGGCUCGACGUUAACCAGUACUGCAACACCGCCGCCGAGACUUGCUGCGGUCUCUGCAACGUCGUGCCCAUCUCGGGACCGGGCACCAUCCUCGCCAACCUCCUUGGCACGCUCCUCAACAUGGUCUUUGCGCUGCGCUUCCGCAGCGAGACGCCGUACACUUUAUUCUUCCAAAUGAUCGUGAACGAUUUUGCCGUCAUUUCGCUCGUCGACCGGGCCUUUCAGGGAAAGAACCGCAUGAGCCUGUGGCACUACUGCAUGGUGCCGCUCUCGGCGUGCUCGAUCGUGCCCAUCAUCGUCGCCUGCUCGACUGCGCGCCUCAAGUAUCUGCACAACCUGUCGACUGCGGCCGCCGUCAAGAUCUCGUACGGCCAGAUGCCGCUCAUCGCCGAGGCGCCCGUUCCUGCCGAGCUCCUCGAGAGUCGUCACUCGCACACGUCGCACUCGCUCAGCAAGGCGUUGAAGAAGCGAGACCAGCACUCGCGGCCGCAGAUGCACCGCCGCGCGCCCUCGGUCGAGUCGGCAGACCCGAGCGCCUACCAGAAGUUGAACCAGUACCUCGCGAUCACGGUCCUGUGGGCCACGCUCGUCCACAUCGUCGUCUACGCCGGCACCUUCAUCGGCGUCUUUGGCUUCAUCGACAACACGUGGCAGUCGUCCUGCAUCGACAAGUACGGGCUCAACCAGUGGAGGAUCGCCAUGGGCGCCUUUGCGGCCGUCAUGCUCGUCGUCGCACUCGCCUUCUGGUUCUGCCUGUUCAUGGCCAUGGACGUCAAGUUUCGCAAGCGCAAGCGACUCGUCGACGGCCUCGAGAUGUUCAUCGCCUCCCUGUCGGCCGUCUUCCACCUUACGGCUCUGCGCAACUACUUCAUGCCUCGCGGCGACUACUGGCUGCAGAAGAGGAGGAAGGAGACGCUCCGCUGGGUCAUCUCGUUUGCCGCGUACCUCUUAUGGGCCAUCCCUUACUCUAUCAUCUACGUCAAGGCCGGCAACGACUUUAUUCUUCCCGGGCUCAAUACCUGGCCGUACGAGCAAAUCGCCGGCGCGUUCAGCCUCCUCACGCCGAUCUGCAUCGUCGCUCGGGCGUUCGUCAACGAGCGCGACGGCUAUGACGGCAAGAACAAGGCGAUCGAGGACGCCCGCAUCGCGCGCGCCGAGUUCGUCAAGUCCCGCGACGAGUUCGACGACAAGAACGCCUCCGGCCCUCGCUCGUCCUCUCGGAAACCCAGUCAUUCAUCUCCCGCUCGUCACGCCUCCUCCCUGUCGCCCACCCGCUCGUCGAUCCGCCUGCACCACCGCCGCAACAGGUCGCCCGGCUCGGACGACGUCAUGAUGUCGGGGGCGCUCGGCGAGGACGAGGCGCCGUACGAGAGCCCGCACACAAGUACUCUCGACGGCCACGACGGCCAACCCGGCCGCGGUCCGCGCCACGACACGCUGCCCUCGUCCGAGCGCGACGAGCGUCGUCGCCGUCACCGCCUGCAGCUCCAUCACGGGCCCGCGCAGGCGAGCGUCAGCUCGCUCGGUGACGAGCUCGUGCCCCCGCCCCUCUUCUCGCCCCGCAACCGCUCGCCGCCGUCGCCCGUCUCGCCGCAAGCCGACCGGUCUGAGCGCUCGGUCCCACGCCGCACGGCGUCCGCGCACGAGGCGAGCGGCCGCGCCCGCCCCGAGCGCUCGGCGCGAGCUCACGAGUAG